AUGCCACGAUACAACCCUCAGUGGGAGGACCAGAUCAAGGGCUACCGAAAGAAUCGCGUCCUGCUCGUCGCUAAAAGCCUUCCAUUCAGCGCUACGACGACCCAAGUCGAGUCUGCCAUCCGGGCUAGACUCACCAAGCCCGACUCUGUCACCUUCUUGUGGCCACCGGGUGCGACCCGCCCGAAUCAUCACAUUGGUUGGGUAAUGCUUGCUUUCAGCAGGCGACCUAAUACCAAGAUGGCCUUGGAAGAGCUCCAGAACUUCGAGAUCCUCGGCCGUGCCGUCAACGUCGAGCGAGCGCAUAGACACGCACGUCUCCCCAAUCCCUCGUAUGGAAUGAGCGCAGCUCGUAACUCUGCCUCUGUUUUAAACGCUGCUAUUAGCACCACCACCACCACCGCCGCCAACAGUUCUACCACCGCUGCUGCUACUGCUACUCCUGCUUCUGCUGUUUCUACCGCCGCUCCCUCCGUCCAGCCCGCUCCAACUGAAGACACCACGGCCAGCAAUGCCUCCGAUUCUCUCGAAGAGAAACACGUGCCGUCACGAGACUUUGAAUGGUGGUGGUAG